CUCUAUGACGCAAUUAUGACAUCGCAUGUAAUGUCAUUUUUGGUUGACGUCUGGACGUACAAAGGACUAUAUUAUUCAAUAAUGAAGCGUCCUAAACUAAAAAAGGCAAGCAAACGAAUGACAUGUCGACUGAAAUUUAAAAUACAAAAGAGGGUCAAGGAACAUCACCGAAAAGCUCGUAAGGAAAGCAAGAAAAACGGAAAAGGAGCAAAAAAGAAAGAUCCUGGUAUUCCGAAUGACUGUCCGUUUAAGGAAGAAAUUCUCAGAGAGGCAGAAAUACGAAAACAAAGACUAGCUGAGCAAAAAGAACGACAAAAAGAAGAAAGACGAAAGAUGUUUAAUAAACAGCGUGAUCUUAAAAUUGAGGGCAAUGACUUGGAAAGUUUUCAGAAAGGCAUAUUGAAAAGGCAAAAAGAUUUUGAAAAAAUUUCAUCCAAGUUUGGAGGAAAAGAUUCAAAUGAAACGAAGAAUCUUGUUCACGAGAACUCUCGGCGGGCUUAUUACAAAGAAUUUAAAAAAGUUAUUGAAUCUGCUGAUGUAAUUUUAGAGGUAGUUGAUGCCAGAGAUCCAAUAGGAUGCAGAUGUGCUGAAGUUGAGAAGGCUGUCUUGGAUUCUGGAUUGAAUAAAAGAAUCAUACUAGUUUUAAACAAAAUUGACCUUGUCCCCAAAGAGAAUGUGGAAGCUUGGCUCAAGUAUCUUCGAGCUGAGUUUCCAACAGUUGCUUUUAAAGCAAGUACACAGUCACAAAGACAGAAUUUGAGUCAGAAUCGAGUUCCGGUUCGCGAGUUAAACAAGGAUCUCUUGCUGAAAUCCAGUAAAUGUCUCGGUGCCGAUAAUCUCCUCAAAUUGUUAGGUAAUUACUGUCGGAACGCCGACAUCAAAACGAGCAUCACUGUCGGGGUUGUUGGAUUCCCAAAUGUUGGAAAGAGCAGUAUAAUCAACAGUUUGAAGAGAGCUAAAGCUUGUAACGUAGGAGCCACUCCUGGGGUUACAAAAUCCGUACAACCUGUGAACAUUGAUAAGAAUAUCAAGAUCUUGGAUUGUCCUGGAAUCGUAAUGGCAAGUGGGAACGAGGCAACGGCAGUUUUAAGGAAUUGCGUCAGAGUUGAAAGCAUUGAAGAUCCAGUCACACCUGUGGACGCUAUUUUGAAAAGAUGCAACAAACAACAGAUGAUCAUGCAUUAUAAUAUUAGUAACUACGAAAAUACAAAUGAGUUUUUAUCACAGUUAGCAAGGCGGCAAGGUAAAUUGAAAAAAGGUGGUAUUCCGAAUGUCAACAAAGCAGCAAGAUCAGUGCUUAAUGACUGGAACAGUGGCAAGAUAAGCUACUACACACACCCACCUGAAGAUGUAUCGAGAAAAUCACAAGUAUCUGCUGAGAUUGUUUCAAAAAUGGCGAAAGAAUUCGAUUGGGCGUCACUUGAAUCUGAUAAUUUAGCAACAUUGAAUGCCGUUCGAGGUAAUCCAUCACUAUCCGGAGGCGUUGUAUUUGAAUCAAUCGGCCACAUGGAAACCGAGGAAAACAUUGAAGAAGAUAGCGAUGUUGAAGAAAUGCAAGAAAGCGAUGAUGACAUAGAAAUGGGAAAAAUCACUAUGCGAAGCACAAAACAGAAAAAAGUCGAAGUAACCAAACCGGAAGGAGAUAAACAUUCCGCAAUCAGACACGUCUCUGCAACGGAUGAACUACAAAGUUCUGGCAGCAAUAUACAAGCAAAUAAAGGUUUGAAGGACAUGAUGAAAAAGAACAAAAAGAAAAAGAAACGUGCUGAUGUUUUAUCUGAUAAACUUGGAGAAUCUCUCAUGUCUGCAAUGGAUUUCCGUGACGAUGACAAAGACCAAGAAUAUGAUUUUGAAUCUGAUUUUAAUAUGAAUUAAUAAUGCUUAGAUUCAGAUACAGAAAUAUUAUUGGGACUAACAAUUAAUUCUGGGCGGAAAAUACCUUAAUUUCCCACUCUAUUGUUCGUUUACUCCAUAUCUCGAUAAAGCCAUCAAUAGAUAUUUUUCAGAUGUUUUACUUAAUUUGUACCUAAAUAACUGCAAAACCAGCAAUUGAAAUCCGGUAUUACAUAGAAUAUUAUUUACAAGUCUGAGUGAAAAAUUGUCAAGGCAUCAAAAUUUCUAUCGAGUAUUCCUUUCUAACAAAAUUAUCAUGUUAGAAAUCCAAUAUCAACUUGGUUUAUUUCAUAUUUUUUCUUUUAGUAAUGUGGUAUCAUAUAAAUGUUUACAUUGCUUUUGCCUGGUUAAUAAAAUAGAGGGAAUAAAGAUGCAUUGCCUAUUUCUGGUCAAUAAAUAGAGGUUAUACGGCA